AUGGACAUUUUGCAAACCUCCCAGGAAACACUCACCUGCUUGAUUUGCCAAGACAUCUUUAUGGAUCCAGUCUUCUUAAGGUGUGGCCAUACUUUCUGCAAGGCCUGUCUCAUCUUUAUUUCAGAAGAUAUCAGAAUCCUAGACCUCUGCCCUAAAUGUAGGGAACCAUCCCAUCAGAUGUUCACAAAUAAUAUCACUAUGAAGACACGGGUAUCUACUGUGAGAGAACACAGGAUCAUGAAGUAUUUGAGUUCUGAGGAUCACAAGUGUGUGAUCCACAAGGAGAAAAAGACAAAAUUCUGCAGUGAGAGCAGGACCCUCCUCUGUCAAUUGUGUUCUGACUCCCAGGAUCACAGAGGUCACAGACACUGCACCAUUGAACUGCGUGUUACAAAGCAAAUGGACUUUAUGACCCUACGGAAGAAAAUGAUCAGGUCAGAGUAUAGAAAACUACAUCCACCCCAUGAUGAAGAAGAGAAUAAACAAAUGAAGUGGAUGAAAAAUCAAAGCAAUAGUAUUUCAGAGGAGCUCAUGAUAAGGGAAGCCCUGAUGGUCCACAAUAGGAGUCAACUAAUAAAAUUGUAUCAGGAGCUUAAGGCCAUGUACAAGAAGCCAUAUGAGGUGUUGCUGCUGCAGCUUGUGUCUUUGAAACAGAGUGAGUUAGUGCACCUGACACAGUGUAUGAAUCCAAAACUCAUUGUCCUUCCCAAUACUGGGCUGGCUGCAAGGUUCAACCACUUCCAAGUGAAAAUUUUCUUUCAAAAUUUAGUCCUGUUCAACUGCCAGCCAAGACGAGUUUUUAAUUUCAGAAGACUCAGCUUUAGACCUCGCCAUGACAAUCCAUUUCUGGAUGUACCUGGAUCUUAUCGUACUUCCUGGGGAGCAGAGAGCUUUACCACAGGAAAAUAUUACUGGGAGCUGGAUUUGAAGGACCAUGAGCAAUGGGCUGUAGGGGUCUGUUACAAUUUCUGGUUGAGAAACUUUGAUAUUGGAUCUGAAGGUGCAUUUCUUCUUGUGUGUUUGAAGGACGGUGAUGUUUACAGUCUUCUCACCACCUGCCCAUCAUUGCACCACUAUAUAGAGAAGCCAGCUGGCCGGGUUGGCGUGUUCCUUGAUUGUGAGGGUGGAUAUGUGAGUUUCCUGGAUGUAGCCAAGAGUUCCCUCAUAUAUAGCUACUGCCCUGGAACUUUCUAUUACACUGUCAGGCCUUACUACUGUACUGUCUACACAUGGUCAUAG